AUGACAUCCAUCGAGUCCAAGAUCCAGGCUGCGGCGGCUGAGAAUGCCGCCCUCCUACAAACCCUCAGGGAAACCGACCACGCCGCGCCCGAUCUGGACAACCAGAACAAGUUCAUCGCCGACCUGGACAGGCAGAUACUCGAGUCGUCGCGGGUGAUUUCCGAGCUGGACAAAAAGCGCAACAAGGAGCUCAAGGACCACGAAAAGUACCGCGAUUCGGUCAUGCGCCGAUUCGCGUACAAAGCGACUGGUAAGCGGGAAAAGUUCGCGCAGAGGGCCGACAAGGAGGAGAAGGAGUACUUUGAGGUACUGCAGCAGUGCCACCGCGAGGUCGAGUCCAGGAAGGGCCUUGAGCAGAUGUUGAGAGACGCCCACGACGUCAAGGCUCAGCUCGAGGCGGCUGCGCGCCGGCACCGCCAGGCGCAGGUGGACCUGGACGGGUUGUACAGUUCCAUCUUUGAGGGUCCGACCCCGGCGUUUCCUGAGGAGGAUCGGAUCGAAGAGGUGGCGAGGGAGGCACGGGACAAUUACCACCAGGCGCGCGUUCGAUGCGAGGGCGAGCUGCGUGCCCUGCAGCUUUUGGAACAGGCGUGGAAGAGCAUGGCACUGAGCGUCAGGAUGAUGCAGGAAGCCGUGUCGGCUUCGCACUGGGACAUGUUUGGCGGCGGCAGCGUGGCGGAUGCGAUGGAGCGGUCGGCCUUGCACAAGGCGGAUAUAGCAGUGCGGGAGGCGAGAAUGCUGGCCAUGCAGGCGCAGAAGCAAAGCCCUUUUGUGAACUUGGACGCCAUUCCGAACGUGCAGAUGGCGCAAGGGAACAUUAUGAGCGAUGUCUUUUUUGACAAUAUUUUCACCGACAUGGCCUUUCACGACAAGAUCCGGGAGAGCCAGCAACAGGUUCAUCGUUGUCUCGACGCGCACACGAAGCUGAUGAAGGAGUCAAAGGUGAGACACGAGCAACUAAAGGUCGAAGUGAAGGAAAGAGAAGUCAUGUUGGACUCGGCAAGGUCAGCAUUACAGGAGGCCAGGGCAGAAGUAUUCAGACGAGUUGGCGGUGGCCUGGACGACAGACAGAUGAACAAGGCCUGA